AUGGCUGGGAAGCUGCUGGAGCUGGAGGUUCUCCUGGGGUCAGCAGGGGUCUCUGGCCUCCUGAGUGGGUCACAGGAUGGGCCCCCAAGAGCAGAGAAACCCAUCAAAGGUUUACGAGGCCCAUCGAGCGAUUCCCGGAAAGCCCCUGGGCAUGUUCAGAGAGAUUCUUCCCUGCUCUUUGGAUGCUCUGCUGUGACCCCCAACAAGGGGGAAUCCCGCUGGGACCGACGGUUGCACAUCCCUCCUCCAGGGGGCGCCUUCUGGCAGUCCCUCUCAGCAGCCCAUUUCCUGGUCCAGCAGAAGUCCGAGUGCCAUUUCUUCAACGGGACGCAGCGGGUGCGGUUCCUGGACCGGUACAUCUACGACCGGCAGGAGAUCGACUACUUCGACAGCGACCUCGGGAAAUACGUGGCCGUCACUCCGUUGGGGCAGCCCGAUGUGGACAAGUGGAACAGCGAUAAGAUCUACAUGCAGUACCUGAAGGCCCGAGUGGAUUCCUCCUGCCGAUACAACUACGAGGGUCUCCAGGCCGACCACAUUGUUGGCCGGAGAGUCUCCAUCUCCCCCACCAAGCUGGAUCCCGCUUCCCCCAACACCAUCCUCCUCUGCACCGCGAGGGGCUUCUACCCUGUGGAGAUCAAGGUCCGGUGGCUGAAGAACGGGCGGCCGGAGGAGGAGGGCGUGGCCUUCGGGGAGGAGCUCCAGAACGGAGACUGGACCUACCAGCUCCAGGUGAUGCUGGAGACCCAGCCCCAGCAGGGGGACAUCUACAUCUGCCAGGUGGAGCAUGCCAGCCUGGAGGCCCCCAUCACUGUCCAGUGGGUGCCCCGUUCCUCCAACUCUGCCAAGAGCAAACUCUGGACGGGGAUCGUGGCAGCCGUGAUCGGGGUGAUCUUCUUUGCCAUGGGGCUCUCCCUCUACCUGAAGAGCAAGACAGGUGAGGAGAAGACCGAGUGCCAUUUCUUCAACGGGACGCAGCGGGUGCGGUUCCUGGACCGGGACAUCUACGACCGGCAGGAGAUCAGGUACUUCGACAGCGAUCUCGGGAAAUACGUGGCCGUCACUCCGUUGGGGCAGCCCGCUGUGGACAAGUGGAACAGCGAUAAGGCCAUCCUGCAGUUCCAGAAGGCCUGCGUGGAUUCCUUCUGCCGAUACAACUACGGGACUGCCCAGAGGGCUUCUGUGGUUGGCCGGAGAG